UUCUGCACUCUGGCACAAGUAGCCGUCCACAUAGGACCUCUUCAUCGUUCACUUGGAGUAAGGAAAGCAGCACAUCAACAGCCAACAUGCCAGCAGAUUUGAACGGAUAUUGGAAAAUGAUUUCCAGUGAUAACUUCGAGGAGUACCUGAAGGCUCUUGAUGUAAAUGUCGCCAUCAGGAAAAUCGCCACCUUGCUGAAGCCUGAUAAGGACAUCUCCCACGACGGGGACCACAUCAUCAUCAAAACCCUCAGCACCUUCAAAAACUACAACAUGGACUUCCAUGUGGGCAAAGAGUUCGAGGAGGAUCUGUCUGGAGUGGAUGACAGGAAAUGCAUGACCACCAUCACCUGGGACGGAGACAAGCUGGUGUGCGUGCAGAAGGGAGAGAUUGAAGGAAGAGGCUGGACCCACUGGGUGGACGGAGAUGAGCUUCAUCUGGAGCUGAGAGCUGGAGGAGUCGUUUGCAAGCAGGUCUUCAAGAAGACCUAAGCUGGCUCUUCUCGAACGAGACGGUGCCGCCGGCUGACAUCAGUUUACAGAGACACACCAGAAACAUCCCACACCUCUGACCUAGCAUCCAACUUCCCUUUGGUCCAUUCAUACGUCUCUCCAUACGUCCAUCUACCCAGUGGAUUUUCCCUUUGCUUUCCCUACACACAUUUAUAUUCCAUCAACACAAAGUUAUGUGUGUAACAUCACCAAAUGCAGUACUGUAUAUCUGUCUCAGGGUGGGUGCUCUUUUGAUUAACAAGUUUAGAUGUGUUGGACGCCGUGCAUACCGCUACUGUAGGUGUAGCUGAUCUGAUGGGUGAAGUGCCAGAUUGAUAACGCAAUGUGCUGAAAUGACUAGUGGGAUAGUAAUGGAUGAGCAGUGAAGACAAGAGAGCAGUGGGUUAAUCACAUUUUUAGUUGUGAAUGGAACAAGGUGACAAUCUGAGUGUGUUUGAGGGCUGUAAACUUCUUUGCUACUGAUGCUUAGUCUGCAGAAUGGAUAUCAGAUGUAAUGUGUGUAUUUAUCCCUCCCAAUUGCUUUGGGAAUGUGCCAUCGAUAGUGAAAUGAAUCAAUCAAUAAAGUAAACAGUGCUCAAUAA